UAACUCCUCUAAAGCAGGGCAGAAGAUCACACACACACACACACCCUCGGCAUGAUGUGGAUCGCGCUUCUCCCGCUGGGACUCGCUGUUCUGUGGUUGCUCUACGCGAGACGUACGAGACGAAGAAAUGAGCCUCCUCUCGAUAAAGGAAUGAUUCCUUGGCUUGGUCACGCACUUGAGUUUGGAAAAGAUGCUGCUAAAUUCCUGACACGAAUGAAACAGAAGCAUGGCGACAUUUUUACUGUGCGUGCAGCUGGACAAUACAUCACUGUUCUGCUGGACUCAAACUGCUACGAUGCCGUCCUGUCCGACGUGGUCUCGCUUGACCAGACUGGCUAUGCUCAGAUCCUAAUGAAGAGAAUUUUCAACCUGGAUCUGCCGAACCACAACCCUGAAUCUGAGAAGAAAAGGGCAGAAAUGCAUUUUCAGGGGAGAGCUUUGACCCAACUCUGCAGCUCAAUGCAGAGCAACCUCCAGCACCUUGUGAACCCUUCAGUAAUGGGCGUGAAAGUAUCUGAGUGGAGAAAAGACGGACUCUUCAAUUUUUGCUACAGCUUGCUCUUUAAGACUGGCUAUCUCACUGUGUUUGGCGCAGAGAAGAACAAUAGUGCAGGGCUAGCAGAAGUUUACGAGGAGUUUCGCCGGUUUGACAAGCUUUUGCCUAAACUGGCUAGAACUACUGUAAACAAAGAGGAGAAGCAAAUUGCAAGUUCAGCACGAGAAAAGCUGUGGAAAUGGCUGACUCCAUCACGUUUUGAUAGAACGUCAGAACACCAGUCGUGGUUGGGGAACUAUGUACAGCAACUGCAGGAUGAAGGCGUUGAUGCUGAGACUCAGAGGAGAGCUAUGCUGCUACAGCUAUGGGUUACACAAGGAAACGCAGGCCCCACUGCAUUCUGGCUACUGGGCUACCUACUCACCCACCCUGAAGCUCUAAGGGCUGUGAGAGAGGAAAUCCAAGGUGGGAAACACCUUCGUGAGGAAGAGAGGAAAAAAAACACUCCAGUGUUUGACAGUGUUCUUAGGGAAACUCUACGUCUAACUGCGGCUGCUCUCAUCACUCGAGAAGUGAAGCAAGAUAAGAAGAUUCGUUUAAGCAAUGGCCAAGAAUACGAGCUCCGACGGGGCGAUCGGCUGUGUGUUUUCCCCUUCAUCAGUCCUCAAAUGGACCCACAGAUCCACCAACAGCCAGAGAUGUUCCAGUUUGACCGCUUUCUUAAUGCAGAUGGGACAGAGAAGAAGGACUUCUUUAAGGAAGGGGUGAGGGUGAAGUAUCCCUCUGUGCCAUGGGGGACCAAAGACAACCUGUGUCCAGGACGCCAUUUUGCAACUAGUGCGAUUAAAGAGCUUGUGUUCACAAUCUUGACUCGAUUUGAUCUGGAACUGUGUGAUAAGAAUGCAAAGCUGCCACUGGUAGACACCAACCGAUACGGCUUUGGCAUUCUCCAACCAGCAGGAGAUCUAGAGAUACGCUACAGAAUAAGAUCUUGACUUAAUACGCCAAAUCUAAUUCAAACUGUACAUAACAACUGCCUUUUUACCACAAUGCCUUGAAUACUUAUUGCAAUAAUA